AUGACAAAGUCACAUCACCGAGAGAUAUCCGUUGUCCAAGCCGGUCACUUCACCGCGCCGCCCACCAUUAUGGAGAGCAUCGUUCCCGCGGCGCCCUGCUGCCCUCCUCUGUCCUUCACACAUGGCCCACGAGCCGCGCCCCGGUUCUCAACAGUCACGCAAGCUUUCUUUCAUCAUGCACGCGUUCAACCUGACGUUGUUGCGGCGCGCGAUCUUUCCGCCCAGCCCGAACGUCAGAUUACGUACCGAGAUCUGGCCCAGCGCAGCGCGCGACUUACACAUCGGCUCCGCCAGCUUGGAGUCGGUCCAGGCGAUCGGGUGCCCCUGGUCGUCAAAAGGGGUGUUGAUAUGCUGGUCGGCAUCAUGUCAAUCCUUACGUGUGGCGCCCAAUACGUGCCACUCGACGGUGGCGUCGUGCCAGACUCGACCCUGCGUUUCGUUCUAGAACAAACGGGUGGACGCACUGUCUUGGUCCUGCGGUCCACCCAGCACCGCCUGGCUGGGUCCGGUGUCAGCAACGUCAUCGCCAUUGACGGGGACGACGCUCCGGAGGCGGACGACUAUGAAAAGUCCACAACGCCACAAGACCUGGCCACGUCUGACUCUGGAUGCUAUGUCAUCUAUACCUCAGGCACAACGGGAACGCCCAAGGGAGUUGACGUUACUCACCGGAAUGUCACAAAUCUAGUGUGCCUGUCACCAGGAGGACUGGAUAUUGGGUCCGGCACACGCGUUGGUCAGAUCCUGAACAUCAGCUUCGAUAUGGCUGCUUGGGAGAUGCUCGGUUGUCUCUGUAACGGUGGUACUCUGAUCCUGCGCGGUUCGAACUGGGUGCAAGCCCUCCAACAAAUGGAUGUUCUUAUCUGCACGCCCAGCAUACUCGCCAAGUAUGAUCCCCGCGAUUACCCAAGUAUCCGGGUUGUCGCUACUGCAGGGGAGCCGAGUUCUCAAAGGCUGGCCGACACGUGGGCGACGCAUGGCCGAUAUUACAACUGCUGCGGCCCGACCGAGACCACCAUCGUCAACACGAUGCAUGCACACGUCCCCGGGCAGCCUCUUUCGAUCGGCAGACCCACGCCCAAUAACAAUGUCUACCUGCUCGACGAGGAUGGCACCCCUGUCGGGGUCGGCGAGGCGGGUAUCAUGUGGGCGGGUGGCCUUGGCGUCUCGCGCGGCUACGUCAAGUUGCCGGAGAAGACGGCCGAGAAGUAUAAGCGCGACCCCUUUGUGAACGACGGGUCCAUGAUGUACAACACUGGGGAUCUCUGCCGCUGGGCGGCCGACGGAUCGGUGGAUAUCCUGGGCCGUGUGGAUGACCAGGUCAAGAUCAAGGGCUUCCGUGUCGAGCUUGAUGGCGUGACGUCGUCCAUGAACACGUUCUGCGAGGUCGACAGAGCGGCCGCCCUUCUGAUCGACGAAGAGAUCCAUGGCUUCGUGACGCCCAAACACUGCAACCUUGAUGCACUGAAGGAACACAUCAAGGGUCGUCAACCCUACUACGCCAUUCCUACCAAAUUCCACCGUCUUGCAACUCUCCCUCUGACUUCCAACGGCAAGAUUGACAAGAAGGCUCUGCGGUCCUUCGCUAUCACGCCUGAAGACGACGCAUCCACCAUAUGUGAGAGCGCCUCAGGCAAGUCCAUCCGCUCCAAGGUCACCGCAGUGGAGAAGGCGAGGUCCAUUUCGUCCACGUCGAGUGUCACAGAAGUCAACUCGGUCUUGUCGGCCUCCGACAUCCCAGUCCCAGACGAAAAGGGCCACCUGGACGAAGACGUGCCCUCCAAGACGCACCGCAAGCCAUUCCGCAACCUGCGCAACCGCCUGCUCAUCGUCUACCGCCGCCUAUUCACGCUUGUUGGUCUUUUCAAUAUUGCUGCCGUUAUUGCGCUUGUGUUGGCAGGGCCAACGCAAGAAUGGAUCGGUAUCAUCACAUCCAUCAACCUCGCCACCGCCGUUCUUGUCCGCCAAGAAUUCGUCAUCAACGCCCUUUACACAAUCACCUGCAACGUGCCGAAAUCGUGGCCGCUGUGUAUCAGGUCUCGGUGUGCCAAGAUCUACCACCUCGGUGGAGUCCACGCAGGAGCCGCUGUGUGUGCAGGCUUGUGGCUUCUUGCUUCCAACAUCAGCGACACGGUGUGUAUGUUCUCUCAAUGUUCUGGCUGGGGCAGGCAGUCGCUGGCCACCAAGAUCAUCUCAUGGAUGCUGUCUGCUCUGUUCAUGGUCAUGUUUGUCCUGGCAUACCCCUCCAUCAGGAAGACACACCACAACCUCUUCGAAAAGACGCACCGCUUCGUGGGAUGGACCAUGCUUGGCCUCUUCUGGGCACAGAUUGUUCUGAAAACCAAUGAUGACAAGGCCACCGACCUGUCGCUUGGCGAUGCUUGUGUCCGGUCGCCCGCCUUCUGGCUGCUCACCGUCGCGACCUUGAGCAUUGCAUCAUCCUGGUUCUUCCUCCGCAAGGUCCCAGUCGAUGCCGAAGUCUUGUCAAAUCACGCCAUCCGCCUGCACUUUGACUACACAGUGCCCGUCAACGGCUCGUUCACACGCAUCUCCCAUCGACCUCUUCUCGAAUGGCACUCCUUUGCCACCAUUCCCGCCCCGGAGCCCGUCGAUGGUCGACCCAAGGGCUACUCUCUCGUCGUCUCCAACGCUGGCGAUUGGACGCGAGCUUGUAUUGAGAAGCCUCCAACGCACAUGUGGGUGCGCGGUGUCCCCACUUGCGGCGUCAUGCGCAUCGCGACGCUCUUCAACCGCGUCGUGGUCAUCGCCACAGGAUCCGGGAUCGGUCCUGUGCUUGGUCACAUCCAGAAUCCUUCGUGCGCCACGCAACUCAUCUGGUCUACGAAAGAGCCUGAGAAGACCUUUGGUGACGGUCUUUUGCACACAAUCAAGGGCAAGAUCCCCGAUGCUGUCAUCCACGACACCAAAAAGCUCGGCCGCCCCGACCUCGUCAAGAUGGGCUACAAUCUGGCCAAAAGCUUCGACGCUGAGGCUGUGAUCAUCAUCGCCAACGAGAAGAUCACCAAGAAGGUCGUGUAUGGCCUCGAAACGCGGGGCGUGCCGGCCUAUGGCGCCAUCUGGGACAGCUGA